GGAGGCGGGCUAACGUAUUCCUUUGCCAUAGCGCCCACUAUCGAAACGCUUGUGAAAAAAGUUGACGUAGAUCCCUUUGCUCCGAAAAAAAGUGAAUAGUGAACUGUGAAAAAGUUUUUUGUUUUUGAAUUUGGAAUUGAAAGUGGCUUUUGGUGUUUUGACUGCUCUACUAUUUCGAACUCUUUGAUUCCACGUCAAAUGUAGUCCUAAUAGCCUGACGACGAAAAUAGCACCUAUGAAGCGAAAAUUAUGCGUUGCCCCUUCAUUCAACUGUGAAGACGAUAUGGAGGAGCUGAAUGUAGCAGCUCUAUCCCGGAGAAAGGAGUCGGCAGCGCCGCUGACGGGAGAGAGAGAGACAACCAUCUUCCAUCACGUUUUUUCUUAUCCACUGGCUCUGGUACUACGGUUAAGGGUUUUACAGAUUGUAUGCGGCAUAUCAGCUAUGGUGAUGGGAAGCGUGGCUUUCAUAGAAGAGAGGCAGAAGUUCAACAUGGGGCUCGGCAUCCCGGCGGGAGGGAUCAGUGUAGUUGCAGCAGCUGUAUCAAUACACACGUCGCGGGGUUGGAGCGCCGUAGCGAGCGGAGCGGGAGCGGGCGCGGGCGUUGCUAGUGUGCUGUGGGCGGCCGCGGCUUGCUUACUGCUGGCGCUGGUCGUGCAGUGCUGUAGGACGAUACUGGACCCUCCUGGGCUUAAUUACAGCGACGGCCCCACAAUCGACGACUCGCGGCCCGCCUCCAGAGAUCUCGUUGUCAUCGCGUGCGUGCAAAUAGCGCUCGCUGCAGCCACGCUUCUAAGCGCAGCUGUCUGCGCUCGCAUCGACUGCGGCGCUUGA